AUGACACUCGCUUCAGGCGAAAGAGCUCCUGAGGAAGAAGAUUUUUUCAGCAGCGAUUCAAGUGCUUCGGAUUCCGAUUCCGAUUCUGCUGAUUCCGAUUCUCAUCGGCAUAAACGCCGUCGAUCCACAUCAAAGGGUAAGGGCAAGGCUAAGGCAAAGAAGAUCAAGACUGGUAAUUGCCCCAUGCAUCGUGCUGCUGGUCACGACGAGGAGAACUGCAAUGUCCUCAAGAAGCAUGUGAACUCUGCCUUGGCCAAGCAAGCUUCCAGCUCUCGCUCUGCCAACUUUACAACACGCCCCUAUCAUCCUGCACCCCGCAUGCAACCUGCCAAUCGAGCUACCAACAUGUGCUGGCACUGUAACAAGGUACCUCUUGUUCCUGGCCAUGAAUGCUAUGAGAUGCGACAAGCUCGUGCACGCCGUGCCCAACGCAUUGGCAGCAACAACAACAACAUACGAUCCCGCAUGGCACGACUCUCUUACGACAACACCACCACCAUGAUGGAGGUUGACGAGAGCCAACUUGACAAGCAAGCACAGGGUAAUCUACAAUCCUUUUUAUCAUCAAGAUCAACUUCUAAUUCUAUCUUUGUUCCUAUCACAUUACAGAAUAAACAAGUACGAGCAUUGGUUGAUACAGUAUCCGAUCAUUCCCUUAUAGACAUAGAAAUUGCCAAAGAUAAUAAAUGGCCCAUUACAUCACAUACACACACUGGUUCCAUUAUUACUUCACUUAAAGGCCAUGUUGGUCAACGAUUAGGAAAGAUUAAUGAUAUACCCCUUAAGUAUGCUGGUCAUCAAUAUACCCACAUAUUCGAAGUAUUACCACUUUCAGAAGAUAUCAAAGUCAUCAUUGGAUGGGACCUCAUGCCUACACUUGGCAUAUCCAUUCACGGCUUAGCGACAAAAUGGGAUACUGAUGAUCGAUCACCAAAAGUAACUGAUGAAAACCUAUUUGAUAUACCCAAACCUAAUGAGUCCCCAGUGGGCAAUAAAAAUGAACAACAAGCAUUUCAUGCAGCUAUCCAACCUCAUAUUAAAGCAAAUGAAAAGAUACCAAAGUCUUCCUUCUGUAACGUACCUCAAUCAGUGGUUCGCUUAGAGACACCUCAAGGUGCUACCUCUUAUCGCCCACAAUACCCUUUAGCUGAAGCAGCAAUGGACGAGGUUAAAAGCACAAUUGAUGAAUGGUUGGCUGACGGUGUCAUUGAACGUGCGCCUACAUACUCAGCGUGGAACAGCCCUUUGACAUUGGCUGAGAAAAAGGAUCCACAGGGUAAGAAAGUCAAACUUCGCCUAUGCCUUGAUCCUCUGUAA